AUGUCGACUAACUCCUCAGAACGGACCAUCACCACCGUCCCUGUCGGUGCUUCGCCGUCGGUCAACACUCUCACGGCGGGGCACCAUUUCGUUUCUACUCGGCUCACCAUGCGGAAUUACUUGUUUUGGCGCACCCAGGUAGUUCCAUUCUUGCGUGGGCAGGGACUACUCGAUUUUGUUGAUGGCUCCAAGCCAUGUCCGGCUGCUACCAUCACCAUUGCUCCGGAAUCCGGCGGCUCCUCCGUGACCACGACAACCACCGCCCCGAAUCCUGAUUAUGAAGCGUGGAUACAACAGGAUCAAGUUAUCCUAUCCACGAUCAUAUCGUCCCUCUCCGACGAGGUGAUGCAUCUAGCCGUUGGACGAGACACCUCCGGUGAGGUGUGGGACUCCCUUGCGUCUACGCUAGCUUCCACGACGAGAGCGAGGUGCCUAAGUUUGCUGGGGCAGUUUCAAACCCUUCGUCAAGGCCCAGGUUCACCGGCCGACUAUCUAGGCCGUUGCAAGGUGAUCGCUGAGUCCCUCUCGCUUGCCGACAGACCUCUGUCGAAUGAAGAACAGAUUCUAUAUGUUCUUCGCGGCCUACGCCUGGAGUUCCGAACCAUGGCGAAUUCCCUCACUACAACCGGCGCACCCGUGACUCUGACGCAACUCUCCGACUUUCUCCAAGCCCAGGAGUUCAUCCACGAAGAUGAUUUUGCAGUGGGUGACUCUUCUGGAGGAGGUGGUGCACCGGCCGCAUUCUUCGCUGGGCGUGGGCGUAACAGCGGCGAUCAGUCGCAUAACAACCGCGGGAGAGGGAGGCAGAACCGUGGUGGCAGAGGAGGUGGCGGAAGGUAG